AUGCUGGCCGUUUCUAGUCCACUAGUCACGGUUCGCUCCACACCGUCAAAGGUGCUCGUGCCCUCAGCAUUAUUACUUCGCACCUUCAGCUCGGUGUCGCGGCAUCCAACGAGACCAAGUGUGCUUUUUGUUCCAAGGAAAUUGAAAACUGACAGUGCAUACCCAAAUUUCGUGUCUAUACGCCUGUUUGCCACAUCAUCAGGUGACGGUCCUCAUCAUGAUGAAAAAAAGAAAAGAGAGUUCCAUGAAUCUAUCGAGCGGGGACUUCGCGAGGCGAAAUCUGGAAAGAAGGCAGAUGAUGUUCCUGAUGAGCUGAAGCACUUUUUUGGAAAAAACAAUCGCUCUCCUCAUUCCGACAACGGUCCAGAGAUAUCCAAAAACGAUGCUGACAACGACGAGUCUCAAGCAAGAAACUCGCACCCAUCGGAUCAAAACAAGAAAAGCAGCAACAAAGGAGGAAACAAAAAUAAUAACAACAAUGAAAUGCGUGCUAACAUGAACAUGAUCAUUGCAACGAUUAUUUCGACGUACUUGCUUUAUCGCUUCACAUCGCCCGAGGCAUCCACACGUGAAAUUACUUGGCAAGAAUUCCGCUCCGCCUUUCUCGACAAAGGACUUGUCGAUCGUUUAGUUGUGGUGAAUCGCGCAAAAGUCAAUGUUUACUUGCACAACAGUGCGACAGAUAGCCUGUACCCACAUCAAGCUGGAUCGUCCAUGCUUGGCGCUCCGCAAUACUGGUUUAGUGUGGGGAGUGUCGAGGCUUUUGAACGUCAUCUUGAAGAAGCUCAGCGUGAGCUAGGUAUCCCGUCCAAUGAACGCAUUCCUGUUGCUUACCACGAAUCAAUAAGCAUGGCAUCUACUCUUCUUCACUUUGCUCCGACGCUGAUUCUCGCAGGCUUACUGUUUUAUCUGACGCGCCGUGCCACAGGCGGUGGCAUGGGCGGUGGCAGUGGUGGUGGACCUGGUGGCAUCUUUGGUAUUGGCAAGAGUCGUGCUAAGCUGUUCAAUCAAGAGACUGAUGUCAAAGUGAAAUUUGAAAAUGUUGCUGGAAUGGAUGAGGCGAAACAGGAAAUCAUGGAGUUUGUCAGUUUCUUGAAAAACCCAGAGCGGUACGAACGCCUGGGUGCUAAGAUCCCACGCGGUGCAAUCUUGAGCGGUCCUCCCGGCACCGGCAAGACCUUAGUUGCUAAGGCCACUGCUGGAGAGGCUGGCGUUCCAUUUCUGAGCGUUUCUGGCUCAGAAUUUGUCGAAAUGUUCGUGGGUGUUGGUCCAUCGCGUGUUCGCGAUAUGUUCGCCACAGCCAAAAAAAUGGCUCCUUGCAUCAUAUUUGUGGAUGAAAUUGAUGCUAUUGGUAAAUCUCGUGGAAAAGGUGGCAAUUUUGGUGGCAAUGACGAGCGAGAAAGUACCCUUAACGAGCUGUUGGUUCAAAUGGAUGGUUUCGGUACGAAUGAACACGUUGUUGUCCUUGCUGGUACCAAUCGACCUGACGUGCUGGAUCCAGCCCUUCUGCGUCCAGGUCGAUUCGAUCGCCACAUUGCCAUCGACCGUCCUGACAUUAGCGGUCGUCGGGCCAUAUUCCAUGUUCACUUGAAGCCGCUCAAGUUGAGUGCUAAAGUGAAUGAGGAUUUGCUGGCCGAGAAACUAAGCACUUUGACACCGGGUUUCAGCGGUGCAGAUGUUGCGAACGUUUGCAAUGAAGCGGCUUUGAUUGCAGCUCGUGCGGAAGCUCCUGCCGUUGAGGAAACGCAUUUUGAAUUGGCUAUUGAACGUGUGAUUGCUGGGCUGGAACGCAAGUCCCGUGUGCUUAGUCCCGAGGAAAAGACGACAGUUGCCUAUCACGAGGCCGGUCAUGCGGUUUGCGGUUGGUUCUUAGAAUUCGCCGACCCUUUGCUAAAAGUUUCAAUCAUUCCUCGUGGCGUUGGUGCAUUGGGCUAUGCUCAGUACCUUCCUAAAGAGCGCUAUCUGUUCAGCACUGAGCAAUUGUCAGACCGCAUGUGCAUGAUGCUGGGCGGACGCGUUUCCGAAGAGAUCUUUUUUGGUCGUAUUACCACAGGUGCCCAGGACGAUUUGUCUAAGAUCACACGCCUAGCGUUUGAAAUAUGUGCCUCGUACGGCAUGAAUACUAAGCUUGGACCCAUCUCGUAUCGAACAGACCAGGAGUCGAUGCAUAAACCAUACUCUGAGCGUACUGGAGAACUUUUGGAUGAACAAGUUCGUGCAAUGGUCCUGCAAGUUCACGAACGUACAACUAACCUUUUGACGGAUCACAAGGCAGAUGUCGAGAAGGUGGCCAAGCUGCUGCUCGAACGAGAAGUCAUUACUCGUGAAGAUAUGACAAAUCUGCUUGGGAAACGGCCGUUCAAGCAAGCAGAUGAAGCAGACGAAUAUCUUGAUAAAAAGGGGCGUCUUUCAGGUCACGGUGAAGCAAGUGCACCGCCACCACCUCAUGAUGAAGUGAACCCUGACCCUAACGUUACGACGUCCGAAUCGAGGAUUCCCCCGCCAUAA